GGCCGUUCCAUCUCAAGCCUCACUAACGCAUUGCCGCAGUGUCAGUGUGGUGUGUGUCACGUGUGCCGUUGUUGCUCCACCCAUAACAACGUAUGGGGCGUUCAUAGCAACGAGAGUUAGUGCGUUUGUGUCAGAGCUGACUGAAUGGGCUGGAGGACGAGGGACAGCUGUAGUGGAGCCUAAAAUCACAGUGCUCAAAGGGGAUGUCUGUUUCCUGGAGCUGUAGAAGUGACAUCACAGCGCCACUCAGCCAAUCACUGGCCGCAACGGUGUCCCUCUGACUCUACGCUCUACAGCUCGGGAAAAAGCAGUGUCACUGGCCAUAACCAGGACUCCCUGAUACCGGAGCUGCGAAGGAGUAGACAAAGAAACAUGGCCGAGUUGGUAUUGUGUACAGCAACAGAACUCUACAAUACUCUCAACCAGUCUACUAAAUUCUCUAAACUUGCUGAACCAAAUUAUUUAUGUCUUCUGGAUGCACGGUCCAAGAGGGAGUACAAUGAGAGCCACAUUAUAACUGCAAGAAGAGCUAAACAGAAUGAAGACAAUUGUUUCCUGGUACCAGAGUCUGUAGAAUUGGAUUGCAUGAAGUAUUGUGUAGUGUACGAUAGUCGAACUGAUUCUUUGGAUGGUGAAGGUAGGAGAAUGAUUUUCAAUACUUCUAUAAAAAUAGCAGCAAUGACUUAUUCUAAUAAGUAUCAUAAUAUCUAUAUUUUCUUCACAGGUCCAGCUAUACAGUGUGCAAAGGUCAUGUCAAAAGUCACUCGUCUCCCUGUGCUGGUGCUGAAGGGGGGGUAUGAAGAAUUUUCUGGUUAUUACCAUUUCUUCAGGUCACAGAAAGUGUUUUGGAUGCCUCAGGAAAUUGAUGAAUUUCAGCCUCAUCCUAUUGAAAUUCUACCAGGUUUAUUAUAUAUGGGUGAUCUACGACAGGCUAAUGACCGACACAUACAAAAAGACUUGAAGAUAAAAUCUCACGUUAAUGUCUCACUAGAGAUUACACAUCUUUUUUUGCCAAGUGGACAAGUAUUACACAUUCCACAGCCAGACUUGUGUGAUUCAGAUCUUCUUACAUUUUUUCCAAGUGCUUGUCAAUUUAUAGAUUCUCACAUGGCACCUAAUUGUGCAGUUCUUGUCUUUUCCAAGUUAGGGAUCAGCCGUAGCAGCGCUGUGUUAAUAGCAUAUAUUAUCCAUUACAGAAAAUGCACACUCCAGGAAGCUUGGAAUCAUGUUCUCAAGUGCAAAACAAAUAUGAGGCCAAACAGAGGAUUUGUACAGCAGCUGUCUAAAUGGGAAGGCACAGUUUUAGGGCACCAACUUACUGACAUAUCCGAUCCAAGGUUUUAAUGAUCUAGAUGACCAGAAUUCCCGAGGGGAAUUAUUAUUUGGACUAUACAUUUUACAUGAGUAAUAUAUACACUGGAUUAGGACCAAUCUAUAAAUGUGAUGAAGUAUAAAAUACUUUGUUUAAUCUUA